CUUCUAUCUUUCACCCUGUCACCACAAACAGCCAUCGAAGCAUCUUACAGCGGUGGCGUCAGUGUGGUUCACCCACUUCAUUCACCAAGCAUCCACAAUGGCCAUUACUGCUGAGGACGAUUCUUUCGCAGGCAAACGACAUGGCUUACCCAAACUACGUCAACGACGGACAAGCGCCGAGCAACCGCUCGAAACCCUUUUGGACUCGACCGCUGUCAGCGACGAUGCCUUACUGCUCGACGCCUGCCAGGCCAAGCAAAUAGACAGGUUUCGCGACGAGAUUCGCCUCUGCCAAGACGAAGCAACAAGAUAUAGGCUAUGCUUACAGACGCGAGAUGAUCUACUCAGCCAACACUCAAGCCUACAGUUCCUGAUCGCUGCAUUCGACCAGGUUAUGCUUGCCGAGUGCGCUGAGUAUCAUGCUUGGAGGAAGAACAGAAAGAAGCCGUCAAGCCGACAAACAAAUUCCCGAGAGGACGAUAUCUCAAUAUGGGAGCGCUUCGUAGGUGUAGCGAACGAAGGAAUGGAGAUCAAGUACAAGUGUCUGUCGGCCCUGACGGAGGUGAGCCGUUGCUGGGGACUCGACAAGGUCCAGCACUACCACUGGGCUUCUAAAGGAGAGAAGUACUGCAAGGUUCUGCGCACGGCAGCCCGAGCCGUUCCCGAAUGGGCCGAGGCUGCGAUAAAAUUGAACCGGGUGAUGCUUGGACGACACCAACGUGUUGGAGCUCGUCUCGUUAAACUGGUAGCUAAUCCGAUCGAGCAGAGGGAUCUGGACACUCUCAAAGCAUGGUCAUACAAACAGGCCUAUGUGAAACAGAACGGCCGUGGCCAGCAUUCCCUUCUAUUCGAAAAGCUCGCAGAUACAGACCUGCCCCAGGGGUUUGGCUUCGACAGGUUUGGACUCAUGGUUGGGAAGGAGUUCGCCGUCGCAUCAGCCGAAAACGAUACUCACUCGUUAGUCGUGCUGGAGGCUGCCUCGGAAGGCGACAUUGUGAGCGAGUUUAUUAGUGAAUUUCUCGCUGAACAACCGGCCGACGCUGAAGCAGAUAUCUAUGAUUCGCCAGAGGUAGCAGCUCUCCAGGAAAAGCCAACCCAAGCAGAGAGAACUCUCCGGCCACGGACACAGUCAUCCUAUCGAGAACCGUCCGGUGGAAAUCCAAUCUCGAACAAGCACGCUACCGCUAUAUCAGUUGCUGCCCCAAAGGUACCUAAACGUUGCUGUCCGCCCGAAGUGCCAUCAACGUUACUUGCAGCUCUUGACAACCCGUUGGCCUUCUCCGCGGACUUGGUGAGGGUAUACUCGUCCAACCUCAAUCAUCUUUGUCACCGACAUCUUCAGCUCUUCGUCAAGUCCGUAAUGGCUUACGAUUAUCAGGUGGGCAAAUCUGUGGGAUAUCAAUCGAACGUGCCGCUACUGGCCAAUCCCUCUGAUUCCUCAAAGACCUCACCCCCUCGACGGCGCACCGCCUCUCUCCCCGAUAUCAACCACCCUACCCCUUUCUUUAAGAAACCGCGACUUGGUGGCUUACACACACACUGGACCGGACCAAGAGACAUGGACCGCCGGCCACUGCACGAUCAGAUGGCCGACGAGGCCUACUGCAAACAAGUGCUCGCGGGGUUGCAGGAGAGGUUGGCGCGGAACAAGUCAUUUCUCAACACCCACGGCGAAGAAGCCGACAAACUAGUCUACAACAUCCUCCAAAAAGCCCAGCAACCUCAAACGGAUGAGAGUUGUGGCGAGGUUGAUGCCCUUUUCUGUACCGCAGGCGAAGCGACAAGCCAAGUUGAGUCGGGGUCUUUGGACGUCCCAAUUUUUACAGAAAGCCAGCAGCAAUUUCGAUGGAAUGGUCGAGACCGUCCAAUCGAGGAGCUCUUCCGCCGUAUGGAAGAUUUUGACCGAUCUGUCUCGGUGCAAGUCCCAUCUCGCAGCUCCUCACUCAGUUCAUUUGAAAGCCAGAAACUCAGUCAGGUCAGAAACCGGUUUCUAAAGAAGCUGGAAACCAAUGACCCCUGGAACAUUCUUGACCUGCGCAGUCCACUACCUCCCUCCAUUUUGCCCACCUUCUUGACUGGGGAAAACUGCCAGCUUCUCCCUCGCGUCCGAGACAUGGUACUCACUGGGAAUCGUGCGGAGAGGGCAGUUGCGUCAGGGGAACAGUGGAACGAGUGGAGAGACGUUCUUGAAUGGGCGCUUUUAUCAGAAGGGGGCCAUAACACAGCGCCACACAUCGACAGUCAUGGUCUUGCAACGUGGAUCACCUCCCAAGAAGGAGGCUUCGGCUUCGGCUGGAUGUCACGCCCGACCGUUCAAGAACGGACUGACUGGAUGGUUAACCCUCAAGGUUAUAUCGGUGGCCAGUGGCGAUAUGUCAUUCUCAGGCCCGGCCAGACGGUCUUCUUCAAUUCGGGCACAAUCCACUUUGUCUUCCGGGUACGUGGCGAGCAAACCUUAGCCCUUGGAGGUCACAUCCUCCAAUGGUCGACCAUUGAACGGUGGCUCCAAGUUGUCAUUACCCAAGUGCAAAAUCCAAAGAUCACCAACGAAGACAUGACCCGUAGCGUACCCACAUACGUUCAGGUAGUGGCAAAACUGGUUGCAGCCCGGGUGAAGAGUGGUAGAGUAGAUGAGCUCGGAGGCGACAAAGCGGUUACAAGAUUCUUUGCUUCUGUUAAGGAGUUCGAAACGAUAUAUCAGCGAAAGUCGCGGGUGCCUAGUCGAUACGCCGGGAAUGAGGUUGGUAUAUAGCAUCCUCCUUGAACACUUUUGGCAGG